AUCGUUAUGUCGAAAUCGUUAUCUUAGUCCUGGGGCCCCAUGGUCAUCAGUACCGUUCACGUCAAAUGUAUUUGUUUACUCUGUGGUUUGGUAUUUUCAUUGUUUCAGUCCGUCGGUGUUGUGUUUACUGCAAGGUUAUAAAUGAUUAAAUUGCAUCCUCCAACAGCGGUCAAAGAUAUCUUGUAAAUUUAACGAUCUGAACAAUAUUUUUAAAAAUAUUCAAUGACAACCUGUAGGAAUUAAAUUGGUGUCACUUUGAAUUUGGUAAUGUAUUAUGCUCCAAAAAUCUAUUAGAAAUGAACGGGUACAAGUUUUUCUUGUUCGGCUGUUUGUUUACAUCACUCACUUGGUCUCUGAGUCUGUUCAUGUACUGGAAACUGAAUACCAAACCAGACAGUUACUCGCAAGUUAAGCUCUAUCGACGGGAAAAUACGUUUGAAUAUGUAAAAAAACAAAAAUCUAAGUACUUUAAGAGUCAUGUGGACAACAGUGAUCUUGAAGAUUUAGGAAUUAUUAAGACUGAUGAAGAUCUGGUGAUAAGAGAUAAAGGAUACAUAGAUCAUGGUUUUAAUGCAUUAGUAAGUCAAAGAUUAGGUAACUAUCGGAAGUCAUUACCUGAUACUCGACAUAAAUUGUGCUCAGUAAUUCAGUACGAUCAAAAUUUGCCAACUGCUAGUAUUGUUAUUUGUUUUUAUAAUGAACAUCCACAAGCUCUUUUUAGGACUAUUCAGUCGGUUAUUAGACGGACACCAAAGGAACUGUUACACGAAGUGAUAUUAAUUAAUGAUUAUAGUGAUAAACCAAAUCUUCAUGAAAUAGUAGAACAGUAUUUAAAAGAUGAAAAGUUACUUAAAGUAGUAAAUCUUAAAAAAACCAAUAAAAGAGAAGGACUUAUUCGAGCAAGAUUAUUUGGGGCCAACUUAGCGACUGGUCAAGUUUUAAUAUUUCUUGACAGUCACGUUGAAGUAAAUAUUGAUUGGAUUCAACCACUUUUAACCAGAAUACAUAAUAAUCGCACUCAAAUUAUUGCACCUAUUAUUGAUAUUAUUCAACCAGAUACAUUUGAAUAUAAAUCAUCUCCUUUGGUUAGAGGUGGUUUUAAUUGGGGAUUAAAUUUCAAAUGGGAUAGUUUACCAAAAGGUACUCUAACUACAGAUAAAGAUUUUGUGAAACCUAUCAAAACACCUACAAUUGCUGGAGGCCUUUUUGCUGUAAACAGAGAUUACUUUAAUGAAAUUGGACAAUAUGAUUCUGGAAUGAAUAUUUGGGGCGGUGAAAAUUUGGAAUUAUCAUUUCGAGUAUGGAUGUGUGGAGGUUCUCUUUAUAUAGAACCAUGUUCACGUGUUGGACAUGUAUUCCGGAAACAUCGACCAUACUCAGCUCCAAAUCAUGAAGACACAAUGGCAAGAAACUCUUUACGCCUUGCAAAUGUUUGGAUGGAUGAUUUUAAAAAAUUUUUUAUAAGUAAACGAAUGGACCUACUUCGUUUAGAUUAUGGUGAUAUAUCUGAAAGAAAAGCAUUACGUACCAAGUUAGGGUGUAAAAAUUUUAAUUGGUACUUAGAAAAUGUAUAUCCUGAAAUGUUACUACCAACUGAUGAAGCUGACCAAUUGAGUAAAAAGUUAGAAAAUGUUGAAAAACCAGUUUUCCAACCAUGGAAUAAACGUGUUCGAAACUAUAUAGCCAAAUUUUUGCUUAACUUAAGUGGCACAAAUUUGUGUAUUCAUCCAAGUAAAGGACAUCAGAUUAAACACAGUGGGCUUGUUCUCAGAUCUUGUAUUCGCAAUAAAGAACAAAUAUGGUAUGAAACAGACAAAGAAGAGCUAGUACUAUCAAAACUUUUAUGCUUGGAUAGUGGUUCAGGCAAACCAGCAAUAGAAAAAUGCAGUGAAACAGGAAGCUCACAACGUUGGAAACACUCAGAUGAUAAAGGUACAGCAUUAUAUAAUUUAGCAGCAGGGACAUGUUUAAGUGUAAACGAGAAAAGAAUAAACGCAGAAAUUCUAAUGAAUAUUUGCAAUAAAGAAGAUACAUUCAACAAAUGGAACUUAAUUAUUGUAUAAUGCAUUCAUAUCAUGGAAAAUGUAUUGUAUUUAAUAUGUGUUCACACAUAGUACUUCCUAAUCCUUGAUUGAUCUGAAUAGCCAUGGUUAAACAUACAAAAAUGAUCAAAUUUAGUGUUACAUUUUUAUAAUUUAAA